GUAAAGACGAAUUUAUUGUGCUACCUUCCAUUAGAAUCAUGGAUAAAGUUUUUGAAAUUCAGAACCAAGCUCGAAAUAAUGUUAAAGAAUUGCAAACUUACAUGACAGACUUGCAGAAUUGGGAAGCAGAGAUGAAAAGAAAAGAGGCUGCUUUGAACGGUGCUUUCGAACAGGACCUGCCUCCAGUUCGCAGCAAGAUAAAGAAAGAAAAGCCAGUGGUUCCUAAGAAGAAACCUGAGUCGAAGAUCAGAGGUUCUGAUUAUACAGCAUGGGACAAGUAUGAUGUUGAUAAAGCCUGCGAGGACAUAGACAUGGAAGACGUUGGCCCAACUUCGUUAGAUGGCAAGAAGAGUCAGCAAGCCAAGCUGGAGAAACUCAAGGAGGAAGCCCAGUACGAGAAGGAGAGGGGCAACACAUUUGUGAAGCAAGAGAAAUGGGAUGAGGCGAUAUCCUGCUACAACAGGGCUAUUGAACUGGUGAAAGAUGAUGCCAUUUACUUUGCUAACCGAGGACUGUGUUAUUUGAAGAAAGACAGUCUUCACCAAGCUGAAUCAGACUGCACAGAGGCGUUGCGCCUCGACCCGACCUAUGUCAAAGCUUUACAACGAAGAGCCACCGCUCGGGAACGGCUCGGCUCACUCCGGGCUGCCUCUCAUGAUCUCACUGAAGUGCUCAAACUAGAACCACACAAUGCUGCAGCUAGGAAACAAUUAGAAGCUAUCAAGACUAGAAUGGGGACGAAAGGGGCUAAAUCAAAAUCAUCACCAGUAUCGACGCCUACGUCUGAGAAUAAACCAAUAGUGAAACCUAAAAUCCAACCAAAGAUAGUAGAGCUGCCUUCGGAGCCGGCCGUGGCUGGCCAGCUCAUGGCAGACGACUGGAGGAGCGGGGUCGGAGAGAACAUCAUGGUCAUCAGACCUGUGAAGAAACCACCACAUUUGAGAUCUAAGAGACCGCUAAAAUCCAUACCAAUCCAAGAAGUAUUACUCGGAGAGACAACACCAGAAAAGCCACCGACUCGGUUGAAAAUUGUGGACAUUGAGGACAAUAUGUCUCAGGGAGACUCGAAUAACAAUGACUCCAAUAAGAAGGAUUCUCAUGGGAAGACUGAUGUGUGCGGUGAAGGGGACAAGAAGGUUGCUAGUCCGGAGUCAGUGAAGCUGGUCUCCGAGGUCAUGGUUACGGAGAAAGUGAAGAAUUUUGUAGCACCUGUCAAUAGUGUCCAGUUCAUGUCUGAGUGGAAGUACAUGAAGGGGCAGUGGGAUGCCAUGGCUGAAUACUGGAAUCUAAUAGAACCGUCAAAGAUCCCGUCCAUAUUCGCGAACGCGCUGGAGAGCUCGGUAGUGUCGGACGUGAUACAAGUGCUGCACUCCCGCCGGGACACGUUCCGCGGCCGCACUGCCGCGUACCUCGCCGGUAUCGCUAGCGUGCCGCGAUUCUCAGCCCUCGCCAUGUUCCUCUCACACACUGAUAAACAGAUGUUAUCAACUCUUCUCGAGGACUGUAAGCAGUCAGAGAACUGCACCGACGAAGUGAUAGCUGAUCUAAAGAACAAAUAUGAACUCUGAACCACUUCUUGUCAGUACUAGGUCCAUAGUUCUACAUUGAAUGUAUUCUGGGUAAGGUAUUUACAAAAUUACAUAUUUUAUACAACAAACUAAAGUUUUUAAAUUGUAUUUGUAAGAUUUGCUCUACAUAUUUCGGGUAAGCUCGUCUAGUUUCGAGUCAUUGCGGGCUCUUAUCUAAUACAUGAAUGGAAUACAUGAGUGUAUACCAUACAAAUAUGAGUUAUUUUAGCAAUUUUACUCAUAAGCUCAGUUUCGUGAUGCGACGUUGGAUAGUUAAAUCUUUAUUUUUAGACUGAUUAAUAUUGUUUCUUAUCCUAGAAACUCCAAUUUACUCUAAUUUAUGUAUGUACUUGUUUUCUUUUAUCAUAUGCCUCAUUUUAGAGUGGUGUUUAAAAUAAAUGAAAGAGAUAGGUCACAAUAUAUCAAUAAUAUUGUUCUUUUUUAAUAAUUAUUAAUUUAAUUAUUGUUUUUACAUAUAAAUCUCACGGCUUCAUUUCAAGCUACUCUGUUACUAUUAACUUUAUUUCUCAUCUCUGCUACAAGCGAAGUAAGCUUUGAAUUCUAGUCAGUAAUCACUGUAUGAGUGUUUUAAUAUUGCUUUGCAAAUAGCCAUAAUAUGAUUAUGAUUCUUUCAGAAUAACAGAUCAAACCAGAGGAGUCGGGUGAAUACUUUAUUUAGCCUAAUAUGAAAGAACAAAGUGUUGCGAAGCUGGGCUGCGAUACUCGUAUAAAAUAUGUAAUUUUGUAAUGUUUGUAGAGGUGAGCAAGAAUGUGUAUGUAAACUUAAUUGUCUUACAAGGCAUAUGUGUGGAGUUAGAACAUUUGAUUUCAACGCUUAUCUAUCGUCUGUCAUAAACUUGUAUACAAGUUACAGGGAAGCCUCUGUUUUUUUUAUAACUAUCGUGAGACAUACUUAAUUAAAAAUCACGGUUUACUCACGUCAAUUAAUGGAGAAAAGCUCUACUAGUUUUGAGUCACAGUAGGACUCUUCGUAAUAAGCAGCGUGCGCUACCGUAGGCUGCGUGAUGUCGCCGCGUCUGCGCACUCUGCGCAUGGGGAAAGUGAACCCUCUGAUAGAAUCGAUAUAUCAUGUCAUAGAUGUUCAUAAGACAUGAUUACCUGUAGUUAAGCCAUUACAAACGUGCGAACUGUCCCGUCAAAAGAAUGUGUCCUAUCCCGCACAAUUUGCAUAAGUUAGUGAGCGAGAGAUCUGAAAUGAUAAAAAAUAUCUGCUGUUCUGGCAGAAAGCGGGUUGUUAGCCAAACGAAGAGUUAUUAAUGUAAAAAAAUAACUUAUGACAGGUCAUAUGUUUGUAAUAGCUAACUAUAGACAAAUGUUUGCAUACACAGUUUUGCUCAACUCUAUGUGGUUUGGACAGCAAAAGUCUGGUGCUAGAAACAAGUGGAACUAAAUUUUAAUAAUCUGUGGUAGAAAUAAACAUCACUAUGAUUAUACAUUUUUUAUUAUAUGAUCUUAAAAUUAUUUUGGUUUUAUUUUAAACUAAUUUUACAGUUUGACAAAUUCUGAUACAUAUGUGUUUUUCUGUUUUUGUAUGAAUGUACUCUAUUUUGCGCACUUGAGGUGGCCAUUGUGGCGUAAGCGUAUUAACGUCUAUUGGAAUACAUACAUACAUAGACUAAAGGAAUAUUUCCUAAUUCCAAGUUAUAAAUCACUUAGUGCUGAUUUUUCAAUCAACAGAUAUUUAACUGCAGAAUAAUUUGACAUAUCACAGUUUUUUAAACAGUUAUUAAUAGAAGAAUUGUCAAAUAUUCUUUAUUCCUGCGAUAAAAUUAAUCUGGUGUUGGAAAAAUCAGCCCUUUGUUAACUUGUGAAGAUAUGGUGAUUAGAUUAAGCUGCGUAACAAACUACCACAAAGUUGAAAGUUUGAUGGUUCAGUAAUCUGCCGUUGCCAUUCGAUAUUGGCAGUAUAGUUAAUAUUGGUGACUCGGUAGCCAUUCAAGAAGGAAAUAGUCCUUAAACUACGCGAGCGCCCUCUGGUGGCGCAAAAAUUCUCAUUAGUCGUGUUUUGUGCAGUCUUAAAACUAUUGAUAUUAUAUUCAUUUAUAUGAAAAAUUAUGUUAUAUGAAUUAUAAUAGAAAAUUAUUGUUUUAUUUACAAUGCAUUUAUCAAUUGCUAUUUACACUUUUUAAACGGGGUUUGCACAGCUUACAGUAAAUAAUAUUAUAAUAAAAAUACACUACACUGAGAUUACAAAAAUAUCCUGUUUUAUUAACGUAAUUUGUCUACGUAUUAUGAGCUCAAGAUCAAAAACAGCUGGCCUGAUGAUGAUAGAGUUUAGCACUUUUUAUAUGCUCGUCAAUUCAUUGUAUGUAGGAUAGCUAUGAUCAGGGUAUAUGUAAUUUCCGUAUUGUAGUAUCCCUUUAGGCUAAAAAGACGAGAUAAUUACAAAAAUGUACUUUAUUUUCUUUGCAAUUGAGUUAAAUUUUGAUUGAUAAUGUGUGCUGGGUUUAAUGUCAAGGAAAAAGUGACUUUGAAACGUGUUAUUAAAGUUCUUUUUAGCAUAUCUCGUCUUGUUAGUUUAGUAAUGCUUGUGCUAUCGAAUUAGUAUUGUAUGUAUUAAUUUUAAGUUAAUUCAUAUUAUUAUUUUCUCCACUUAUUUCUAGUAUCUUCACUCUGAAUAUUGAAACCCAAAAAGUGUUUAUGAUAUAGGUGCUCUGUCCUUCACAGACUCUUUGAAAAGGAAAGAGACAAAAUGAUAUUGGGUUUGAAUGUUCAGACGUAAUUCGCUUAGCUUUAUAGGUGUACAGAAUUUGGCAAAAUAAAUAAUUGCUGAGUAAGGGAGUUCAUCUUGAUACUAUUAUUAUCUAUAUAUUUUUUCGGCAUUAAAAGUACCUAGUGGUAAUGCCCUGGAUAUUAAAGUAUCAUUAUACCAAGUUUCAUCGUAAUCGGACCGGUAGUUUUUGCGUGAUGCGUGAACAUAUAUACAGUCAGAUAGAAAAAAAAAUGUGUUAAGUAACACUGGUAACACUACUAUUUUUUAUUUUCAAUGUUGGUGCAGAAUUAGCAUGUGUAGAAGAUAAUUCUUAAAACUAAUUUGAUUGUUUGUCAAUCUUUUGUUAUAAGAUCAAAGCAGGUUAAGCUCUAUAUUUCCUGCCUAGUAGGUUAAAUAAUAUUUAAUGGUGGUAUUAAUUUAUUUGCCAAAUUCUGUAGCUUAAAAGAAAAAUAAGGAAUUUUAGAUGAUUUAUUUGUCAUUAUGUUCAAGAAGUCAUUAUUGUGACGUAAUUAUGUUUUUCUUUUUUAUCAUUAUGGUGCAAAGGAGCGUUUGUGUUCUGUGAUUGAUUUUAAGCCCCAAUAAAUAUUAUUAAUAUUUA